CUUAAAAGAAUAAUAAAAGGAGAAAAUGCUUACUUUGCAUGGGGAUUGAAUAAUUUUGGGUAAUUAGGACUUGAUUUCUCAAAAGAAAAACAUUAAGAUGUAGUUUUUGAAUGCACUGAAAUUAAAUUUUUCAGAAAUAAAAAUGUAAAAAUUAUUACUGGAGGAGAAUCUCAUUCAGUAGUUUUGUUAGAAGAUGGAUCUCUUUUUGGAUUCGGAAGAAAUGAUAUUGGAUAAUUAGGUAUCGGAGAUAUAAAAAGUACGCAUUAAGUAUAUGGAGAAGUAUAGGAAGAUUAUAAAAAUCCAAUCUUAAUUGAUACUUUUGGCGAAUAUUAAGGAAAAUAGAGUUUAUAUGGUCAGGACCAAAUUAUAACUAUGUUAAAAUGAAUGAUGGAUAGUAUUUUUCUUGGGGAUUUGGAGCUAAUUUUGUUUUAGGAAAUAGAAAAGAAGAAGAUGAAGAUGAAUAUAAACCUUUUAAAAUUCCAAGGGAUUUCUUUAAGGAUGAAAUCCCGAGAGAAUUCGGCUUAGGAGCAUAACAUGUGAGCUAUUUGGUAAAUAAUUUUUAAGGAGAAUUAAAAGUUGAUGAAAGUUUACUUUUAACGGUUGUUGAGGAGAAAAACGAAGGUAAAAGUAAAGGAAGAAAAAAAAGCUUUCCUAAAAAAAGCUUAGAAGUAGUUGAAAAAGAAGAAGUUAAGGUUAAGAAUACAAAACAAAAAUCAAUUAAAAUUGUAAAAAGUAAAAAAGUUUAAAAUAAAGAAGAUGAUAAUGAAGAAAUAGUUUAAGUAAAUGGAAAGAAAAAAUCGACUUAAAAAACUAAAAAAUAAUCUACAUAAAAAAAAAAUUGA